AUGGCUGAAAAAGUUGAAUUAACACCUGCUGAAAAGCAAAAGAUAUUAAGAGAAAGAAGACAAGCUAAGAUGAAUAAAGGCAAAGCUACAGAUCGAUUGAAUAAUAUAUUAUCACAAGGAUCAUCUGUAAAAACAUCAAGUGUCACAUCAAUAUUGGAUCAAGAAAAACCAUCUUCAACAACUUCAUCAUCAAUAGAUCAAACACCGUCGUAUUCUGCUACUAUUGCAGCUGAUGAAGAUCCUGAUCAUCAAGAUAUAUCCACCAUUACUCCUAGUCCUACAGAAGACAUAGACACAAUAUUUAACAAAAUUUUGAAACAACAACAAGAUGAACAUACUGAAUCUGAUCCAAUGAGUCAAUUCAUGAAAAUGUUUAAUGAUCAACAACAACAACCGACUCCACAACCGCAAGAGACGAAAUAUAAUCAAGAAUAUCAACUUUAUCAAAACUAUCAACUGAAAUUAUGGAAAUUUAGGUUCUUAAUAAUUAGGAUAAGUGCAGUUUUGGUCAAUUUUGGUUAUCAUUUUAUGACUAUUCCUAAGUUUCAUGCAUCUACUUAUAUUAAUGUAAGGGAUUACAGUCCAACAGAUGCAAAUAUAAGUCAAUUUAUAACUUUGUUUUCAGCUGUUGAAGUUGUUAUUAUUGCUUCUUAUUAUUUCAUAUGUCAGAAGUAUGGUUUAUUUCAUGCUGCUAAUUCAAAUAAUAUAAUUUUGAAAAUUGUAUCUCAAGGUGCGAUGUUUUUACCACAGUUGAAACGUUAUGAGAUUAUUUUAGCUCGUGUUUUGGGGUAUUAUGAUUUAAUAGGGAUAAUUAUUGGUGAUUUAUCAUUUGUUGUUGUCUUGUUUGGAUUAUUGAGUUAUUUAAACUAG